AUGCGGAAGAGCGAAGAACAACAGGAAGCAGAGCUGGCUCUGCUUUCCAGCGAGGAUGAUUCGGCUUCCAACACCAGUCUCGACGACCUUGAAGCCAACCGAAGAGACGAACCGAUCACCAACCACAAUACAGCACCAGAAUACCAGACACCAACAACUGUCAAAUUUAUAUGGCUGACAUGCUACUUCGGCUUCAGCAUGGCGCUGACAAUAUAUAAUAAACUGGUUCUUGGAUCCUUCAAAGCGCCUUGGCUCUUAACAUGUCUUCACACAUCGUUCAGCGCGCUUGGCACAUUCGUGAUGUUAAAGCUAGGAUACUUCAAACUGUCCAAGUUGAGUCGUAAAGAGCAUAUCAUACUGGUGGCGUUCUCUGUUCUAUUUACGACCAACAUCGCCAUGUCGAACCUAUCACUAUCUCUCGUUUCGCUCGCAUUCUUCCAAAUCAUUCGCAAUACUGUCCCUUUAUUUACCGUUCUGAUUUACCGUCUGUGGUUUUCGCGGACAUAUGUAACUGGUACUUAUCUAUCCUUGAUACCGAUCGUCGCUGGUGCCGGGAUGUGCACUGCGGGGGAUUACCAUUACUCCUGGUUUGGUUUAAUUGUCACGAUUUCGGGGGUGGUUCUGGCAGCGGUGAAGAUCCUCUGUUUCUUUAAGACCGUCACGACAAAUCGCCUCCUGACCGGUUCCCUAGCUCUUCCCUCCAUGGAGCUUCUAUUUCGAAUGGCGCCUCUCGCUGCAGUUCAGUCAUUACUAUUUGGGAUCGUAGCAGGCGAAUUGCCUGUUGUCUCGCAAGCCUUGUCCGAGCGCACGGCCGAUGGUUCAAUUCUCCGAACCAUGUGCACUAUUGCUUUUAUCCUCGGGAACGGUCUACUUGCUCUCGUGCUCAAUAUCGCUUCGUUCCAAACAAACAAAAUUGCGGGCGCGCUUACGAUUACAGUGGCUGGAAAUCUGAAACAGGCCAUCACGCUAGCACUGGGAAUCAUCGUAUUCGGGGAUUUCACAAUCAAUUUGCUAAACGGAAUGGGCAUUUUCCUGGUUCUUGCUGGAUGUGCAUUCUUCAGCAAGGUUGAGCUAGAUUCAAAGAAGCGUGCAGCUUCUUCAUAA